GGGGUGUUGGGAGGUCUCUGCAGUGGAAAGUCAGCCUUGGUCCACAGACACAUGACUGGGAGCUACCUCCCCCUGGAGAACCCAGAUGGUGAGUUUGACAUCAUCUCCACACAGACAUACUGUGCUGUGUACUUAAAGGGGGCAAUCGGCAGUUCAAACAACAACAAAUCGGUCACCCCACCAGUGUUUUGGUAAAUAGCUGAGGGAUGGGUUUGGAAAACUUUAACCACUCUCAAAUUCAUAGACAGAGCUAUGGAUUCCUGUAUAGACAAUACUACUAACACAAAGGGCUUCUUGUAAUGAUCUUGCCCUCUCGCUCUCGCUCUCACUCUCACUCUCUCUCCGUCUCUCCCUCUCUCUCGCUCUCUCGCUCUCUCGCUCUCUCGCUCUCUCUCUCGCUCGCUCUCUCUCAAUUCAAUUCAAUUCAAUUUAAGGGCUUUAUUGGCAUGGGAAACAUAUGUUAACAUUGCCAAAGCAAGUGAAGUAGAUAGUAAACAAAAGUGAAAUAAACAAUAAAUAUUAACAGUAAACAUUACACUCAGAAGUUCCAAAAGAAUAAAGACAUUUCAAAUGUCAUAUUAUGUGUAUAUAUACAGUGUUGUAACAAUGUGCAAAUAGUUAAAGUACAAAUGGGAAAAUAAAUACAGUAAACAUAAAUAUGGGUUGUAUUUACAAUGGUGUUUGUUCUUCACUGGUUGCCCUUUUCUUGUGGCAACAGGUCACAAAUCUUGCAGCUGUGAUGGCACACUGUGGUAUUUCACCCAGUAGAUAAGGGAGUUUAUCAAAAUUGGGUUUGUUUUCUAAUUCUUUGUGGAUCUCUGUAAUCUGAGGGAAAUAUGUGUCUCUAAUAUGGUCAUACAUUUGGCAGGAGGUUAGGAAGUGCAGCUCAGUUUCCACCUCAUUUUGUGGGCAGUGUGCACAUAGCCUGUCUUCUCUUGAGAGCCAGGUCUGCCUACGGCGGCCUUUCUCAAUAACAAGGCUAUGCUCACUGAGUCUGUACAUAGUCAAAGCUUUCCUUAAGUUUGAGUCAGUCACAGUGGUCAGGUAUUCUGCCACUGUGUAUUCUCUGUUUAGAGCCAAAUAGCAUUCUAGUUUGCUCUGUUUUUUUGUUUGUUCUUUCCAAUGUGUCAAGUAAUUCUCUUUUUGUUUUCUCAUGAUUUGGUUGGGUCUAAUUGUGUUGUUGUUGUUGUUGUUGUUGUCCUGGGGCUCUGUGGGGUCUGUUUGUGUUUGUGAACAGAGCCCCAGGACCAGCUUACUUAGGGGACUUUUCUCCAAGUUCAUCUCUCUGUAGGUGAUGGCUUUGUUAUGGAAGGUUUGUGAAUCGCUUCCUUUUAAGUGGUUAUAGAAUUUAACGUCUCUUUUCUGGAUUUUAAUAAUUAGCGGGUAUUGGCCUAAUUCUGCUCUGCAUGUAUUAUUUGGUGUUUUUCGUUGUACACUGAGGAUAUUUUUGGUGUUUGUCCCAUUUUGUGAAUUCUUGGUUGGUGAGCGGACUCCAGACCUCACAACCAUAAAGGGCAAUGGGUUCUAUAACUGAUUCAAGUAUUUUUAGCCAGAUCCUAAUUGGUAUGUCAAAUUUUAUGUUCCUUUUGAUGGCAUAGAAGGCCCUUCUUACCAUGUCUCUCAGAUCGUUCACAGCUUUGUGGAAGUUACCUGUGGCGCUGACGUUUAGGCCGAGGUAUGUAUAGUUUUUUGUGUGCUCUAGGGCAACGGUGUCUAGAUGGAAUUUGUAUUUGUGGUCCUGGCAACUGGACCUUUUUUGGAACACCAUUAUUUUUGUCUUACUGAGAUUUAUUGUCAGGGCCCAUGUCUGACAGAAUCUGUGCAGAAGAUCUAGGUGCUGCUGUAGGCCCUCCUUGGUUGGUGACAGAAGCACCAGAUCAUCAGCAAACCGUAGACAUUUGACUUCAGAUUCUAGUAGGGUGAGGCCGGGUGCUGCAGACUGUUCUAGUGCCCUCGCCAAUUCGUUGAUAUAUAUGUUGAAGAGGGUGGGGCUUAAACUGCCUCCCUGUCUCACUCCACGGCCCUGUGGAAAGAAAUGUGUUUGUUUUUUGCCAAUUUUAACCGCACACUUGUUGUUUGUCUACAUGGAUUUUAUAAUGUUGUAUGUUUUUCCCCCAACCCCACUUUCCAUCAACUUCUAUAGCAGACCCUCAUGCCAAAUUGAGUCAAAAGCUUUUUUGAAAUCAACAAAGCAUGAGAAGACUUUGCCUUUGUUUUGGUUUGUUUGUUUGUCAAUUAGGGUGUGCAGGGUGAAUACGUGGUCUGUUGUACGGUAAUUUGGUAAAAAGCCAAUUUGACAUUUGCUCAGUACAUUGUAUUCACUGAGGAAAUGAACUAGUCUGCUGUUAAUGAUAAUGCAGAGGAUUUUCCCAAGGUUGCUGUUGACACAUAUCCCACGGUAGUUAUUGGGGUUAAAUUUGUCUCCACUUUUGUGGAUUGGGGUGAUAAGUCCUUGGUUCCAAAUAUUGGGGAAGAUGCCAGAGCUAAGGAUGAUGUUAACGAGUUUAAGUAUAGCUAAUUGGAAUUUGUGGUCUGUAUAUUUUAUCAUUUAAUUGAGGAUACCAUCAACACCACAGGCCUUUUUGGGUUGGAGGGUUUGUAUUUUGUCCUGUAGUUCAUUCAAUGUAAUUGGAGAAUCCAGUGGGUUCUGGUAGUCUUUAAUAGUUGAUUCUAAGAUUUGCAUUUGAUCAUGUAUAUUUUUUUGCUGUUUGUUCUCUGUUAUAGGGCCAAAAAGAUUGGAGAAGUGGUUUACCCAUACAUCUCCGUUUUGGAUAGAUAGCUCUUCGUGUUGUUGUUUGUUUAGUGUUUUCCAAUUUUCCCAGAAGUGGUUAGUCUAUGGAUUCUUCAAUUACAUUGAGCUGAUUUCUGACAUGCUGUUCCUUCUUUUUCCGUAGUGUAUUUCUGUAUUGUUUUAGUGAUUCACCAUAGUGAAGGCGUAGGCUCAGGUUUUCUGGGUCUCUAUGUUUUUGGUUGGAUAGGUUUCUCAAUUUCUUUCUUAGGUUUUUGCAUUCUUUAUCAAACCAUUUAUCACUGUUGUUACUUUUCUUCAGUUUUCUGUUAGAGAUUUUUAGAUUUGAUAGGGAAGCUGAGAGGUCAAAUAUACUGUUUAGGUUUUCUAAUGCCAAGUUUACACCUUCACUAUUACAGUGGAACGUUUUGUCCAGGAAGUUGUCUAGAAUGGAUUGAAUUUGUUGUUGCCUAAUAGUUUUUUGGUAGGUUUCGAAACUACUAUCCUUCCAUCUAUAGCAUUUCUUAAUAUUAUUCAGUUCCUUUGGCUUUGAUGCCUCAUGAUUGAGUAUUGCUCUGUUCAAGUAGACUGUGAUUUUGAAACAUCUCUCUCUCUCUCUCUCUCUCUCUCUCUCUCUCUCUCUCUCUCUCUCUUGCGCGCGCUCUCUCUCAGAGGGCAGGUAUAAGAAGGAGGUGCUGGUUGAUGGUAACAGUCACAUGUUGCUGAUCAGGGAGGAGACAGGACCCCCAGAUGCACAGGUAGGUGGAGGCUUUACUGACUACAGACUGAUGAGUAGUGAGUCUCCUUUAAAACACAUGGAGUUGACAGAGUGAUAUGAACCAAUACGUUGGACUGUUUUACUCUUCUCACCUGUUAUCUUUACGUUCUCUCACACCUUCUCUCCCCAUUUGUUUACCUCUUUUCCCCUCUCCUAUCCUCCCCUGCCGUCUCACCCCCUCCCCUCCAGAUGGCUAGCUGGGUGGACGGGGUCAUCCUGGUCUUCAGUCUGGAGAACGAGGCCAGUUUCCAGGAAGUGUACAGGAACUACAGCGAGCUGGGCACUCACCGCAACAUCGCUGAGAUCCCCUUCAUAGUCGUGGGCACCCAAGGUAAGACCCCACCCAUACCCAAACAACCCAUGUUAUUCUAAAGAUAACAUCAUGUGGAGUCUAUAUGGGUUUAUAAAGGUUUAUGAAGGUUUCCAAUGAGAUAGUGUUUAUGUAGUUUCCCAAUGAGAUGUAGUGUUGAUGUAGUUUCCCAAUGAGAUGUAGUGUUGCUGGAGUUUCCCAAUGAGAUGUUGUCACGUUACCGAUGUGGAUGUGGUGGAGGAGUCAGGCGCAGGACACUGAGGUAAAGUCCAACAGUAUAUUUAAUAGUCCAAAGAAACUGGAAAACCUCUGACCUCAAAAACACAAAGAGGCGAGGGAGAAUUACGCACACGCGUAAACACUAAACACAAAACAAACAGGGAGCAAAGACGUAGCUCCGACACUGUGGCAGUAAAAAUAACAACACACAAUAAUACUAACACAAAACAAGGAACUUAUAGGGCACGCAAUCAACACACAAAUGGCCACAGGUGAUACAGACAGACAAAAGCAAUCGACUGACGAAACAUAGAGCGGUGGCAGCUAGUACUCCGGGGACGGCGCUCGCCGAAGCCUGCCCGAACCAGGAGGAGGAGCAGUCUCGGCCGAAACCGUGACAGUACCCCCCCCUUGACGCGCGGCUCCAGCCGUGCGCCGACCCCGGCCUCGGGGACGGCCAGGAGGACGCGGACCCGGGCGCGUGGGAUGCCCAUGGUGAAACUCAGUCAGGAGGGAUGGAUCGAGUAUGUCCCUCCUGGGCACCCAGCACCGUUCCUCCGGACCGUACCCCUCCCACUCCACGAGAUACUGGAGACCACUCAUCCGGCGCCUCGAGUCCAAGAUGGUCCGGACCCGGUACGCCGGGGCCCCCUCGAUGUCCAAAGGGGGCGGAGGGGUCUCUCCUAUCUCAUCUUCUUGGAGUGGGCCAGCUACCACCGGCCUGAGAAGAGACACAUGGAACGAGGGGUUAAUAUUUUUAUACUCUAUAGGCAGUUGUAACCUGUAACACACCUCGUUCAAUCUUCUCAGGACUUUGAAGGGCCCCACAAACCGCCGACCCAGCUUCCGGCAGGGCAGGCGGAGGGGCAGGUUUCGAGUCGAGAGCCAGACUCGAUCUCCCGGUGCGUACACCGGUCCCUCACUGCGGUGGCGGUCGGCGCUCGCCUUUUGUUGACGGAUGGCACGCUGCAGAUGGACAUGGGCAGCGUCCCACGUCUCCUCCGAGCGCCAAAUCCACUCGUCCACCGCAGGAGCCUCGAUCUGGCUCUCGUGCCAUGGUGCCAGGACCGGCUGAUAGCCUAAAACACACUGGAAAGGUGUUAAAUUGGUGGAGGAGUGGCGGAGAGAGUUCUGGGCCAUCUCUGCCCAGGGGAUGAACCUAGACCACUCCUCCGGCCGGUCCCGGCAAUAGGACCUCAAAAACCUACCCACAUCCUGGUUGACACGUUCCACCUGCCCAUUGCUCUCUGGGUGGUACCCCGAGGUAAGGCUUACCGAGACCCCCAACCGUUCCAUGAACGCCCCCCAAACUCUGGAGGUGAACUGGGGACCUCGGUCAGACACUAUAUCCUCGGGGACCCCAUAGUGCCGGAAAACAUGGGUAAAUAGGGCCUCAGCGGUUUGUAGGGCAGUAGGGAGACCCGGCAUGGGAAGGAGACGACAGGCCUUGGAAAACCGAUCCACAACGACCAAAAUGGUGGUAUUCCCCUGGGAGGGGGGAAGAUCGGUUACGAAAUCCACCGAUAGGUGGGACCAUGGUCGUUGUGGAACGGGCAGGGGGUGUAGCUUACCCCUGGGCAAAUGUCUAGGCGCCUUACACUGGGCACACACCGAGCAGGAGGAGACAUAAACCCUCACAUCCCUAGCUAACGUUGGCCACCAGUAUUUCAUGCUAAGACAGUGCACGGUCCGGCCAAUACCUGGAUGUCCAGAGGAGGGUGAUGUAUGAGCCCAAUAAAUCAGUCGAUCACGAAUCUCGAGCGGAACGUACGUCCGCCCCACAGGACACUCGGGGGGAGUAGGGUCGGUACGCAGUGCCCGCUCGAUUUCCGCAUCGACCUCCCAUACCACCGGAGCCACCAAACAAGACUCCGGCAAUAUGGAAGUAGGCUCGUUGGACCUCUCCUCUGUGUCAUACCGCCGGGACAGGGCGUCUGCCUUACCAUUCUGGGACCCAGGGAUGUAUGUGAUCUUAAAAACGAACCGGGUUAGGAACAUGUUCCACCUAGCCUGACGAGGGUUCAAUCUCCUAGCUGCCCGGAUGUACUCCAGGUUACGGUGAUCAGUCAGAAUGAGGAAAGGGUGUUGAGCCCCCUCAAGCCAAUGCCUCCACACCUUUAGGGCCUGGACUACGGCUAACAGCUCCCUGUCCCCAACAUCAUAAUUACGCUCCGCCGAGCUGAGCUUCUUGGAGUAGAACGCACAGGGGCGGAGUUUAGGUGGCGUGCCGGACCGUUGUGACAGAACUGCCCCAAUACCGGUCUCGGACGCGUCUACCUCUACUUGGAAGGGUAAAGAGGGAUCCGGAUGCGCCAGCACAGGGGCCGAGGUGAACAGGUUCUUUAGUUUGACAAAUGCCCUGUCCGCCUCAGCCGACCACUGCAAACGAACCGGACCCCCCUUUAACAGGGACGUAAUGGGAGCUUCAACCUGUCCAAAACCCCGAAUAAACCUCCGGUAGUAAUUAGCAAAACCCAAGAACUGCUGCACCUCUUUUACAGUGGUUGGAGUUUGCCAAUUACGCACGGCCGAUACCCGGUCUACCUCUAUCUCCACGCCAGACGCGGACAACCGAUAACCCAAAAAGGAGACGGACUCCUGGAAGAACAGGCAUUUCUCUGCCUUGACAUACAGGUCAUGCUCCAACAGUCUUCUCAACACUCGGCGCACCUGGGCUACAUGCUCGGCUCGUGUAGAAGAAUACACUAGGAUGUCGUCGAUGUAAACUACUACACCCUGCCCAUGCAUGUCCCGGAAAAUCUCGUCAACAAAGGAUUGGAAGACUUACACCUGCUACUCAUGCAUGUCCCGAAAAUGCUGACAAAGAUUAAGCCCUCUCACCCUCUCACAUCCCCUCCCCUUUCUGCUCAUUUGUCUUUCCCCCCCUCCCCCCCCCCUCACCCUCCCCCCCCUCCCCUCCCCCCCCCCCCCCUCUCCCCCCUUUUCCCCUCCCCCCCCCCCCCCCCCCCCCCCCCCUUCUUCCCCCCCUUCCCCCCCCCCACCCCCCCCCUCUCCCUCUCCCCCCCCCCCUCCCCCCAUCCCCGCUCCUACCCCCCCACCCCCCCUUCCCCCCCGCCGCCUCACCUUCCCCCCCUCCCCCCCCUACCCCCUUCCCCCCCCUAGACCCCUCCUUCCCCCCCUGUUCGGGUGAGAUCCCUACCCCCCACCCACCCGACGCACCACCCACCUGCCCCCCUCCCCACCCGAAGGGGAUCGCCCGUUUCCCACUUCCCAAUCCCCCACCUUGAAACGCGUUACACCACCAGCGCCCUCAAUGAAACUUUACAGUAACAGCACCCCCCCACUCGCUCCCCCCCUUCCCCUCCCCACCCUCGUAAUGACCCGAUAGGUGGUGCUAAAUUGCUGGUUUCCCUUCAUCCCCCCUCCCUAAUUGCGCACCCAGAUUGUAACGCCGCUCCAUGAGAUCCCAACUUUGUGAAGAACCGCGCUCCGCGGAAUGACUCCGUCAUCGUCGCAAUCAGUGGAAGUGGGUAACUGUAUUUAACUGUGAUCUGAUUGAGGACUACGGUAAUCCAUACACGGGCGCAAUCCCCCGUCCUUCUUCUUCACAAAGAAGAAAACUCGAGGAGACCCGGGGAAGUAGAGGACCGUAUGUAUCCCUGUGCCAAGGACUCGGCUGUGUAAGUCUCCAUAGCCGCUGUUUCCUCUUGAGACAGGGGAUACACAUGACUCCGGGGAAGGGCUGCUCCUGUCUGGAGAUUUAUCGCACAGUCCCCCUGUCUGUGAGGAGGUAGCCGUGUUGCCCUCGAUUUGCUAAACACGAGUGCUAAAUCCUCAUACUCAGGGGGAAUGCGCAGUGCGGGCACUUGGUUCGGACUCUCUACCGAGGUCGCCCCUACGGAAACACCUAGACAUCUCCCUACACACUGGGCAUACCACUCCAUAAGAGCCCUCUGUUGCCACGCUAUAGUAGGAUCAUGGGUGCUUAACCAGGGAAGGCCCAACACCACGGGGUACGCAGGAGAGUCAAUCAGAUAAAACUGAAUGGUCUCCUCAUGACCCCUCUGCGUCGUCAUCGUCAGUGGUGUUGUGACCUCCCUGAUCAGACCCGACCCCAACGGCCGGCUGUCUAAUGCGUGGACAGGAAAUGGAGCUUCUACCGGCCGAAGGGGAAUUCCUAACCUACCACAAAAUGCCCGAUCAAUAAAGUUCCCAGCUGCGCCUGAAUCUACUAGCGCCUUAUGCUGGGAAUGAGGUGCCACCUGUGGAAAUCUCACAGGAAUACUCAUGUGACCAACAGAAAGCUCUGGGUAAGUGGGGCGCCUACUCACCUGAAAUGACUCCCCAGUGCGUGGCCUGUUGUCACCUCUCCCAGGAGACCCUCCCCAGCACCUGGCCGCGGUGUGUCCUCCACGACCACAGGUGGUGCAGGGGAUGGCCCCCCUCGGGUUCCCUCUCCUCCUCUCUCUAGCGCCAGCACCCCCGAGCUCCAUGGGAAUCGGCUCGGAGGUGCUGGAGGGUGGAAUGGACGACCCCCACUCGGGACGUCCGCGGGUAGCCAGCAGGGUGUCUAGACGGAUGGAAAUGUCCACCAACUGGUCGAACGACAGGUUGGUGUCCCUGCAGGCCAGCUCACGUCGAACGUCCUCUCGUAGGCUACACCGGUAGUGGUCGAUGAGGGCCCUCUCUUUCCACCCCGCAUCAGCCGCUAGUGUCCGGAACUCCAGUGCGAACUCCUGUGCGCUCCUCUUCCCCUGUCGAAGGUGGAAUAGACGCUCUCCCGCCGCUUUCCCCUCAGGUGGAUGAUCGAAGACAGCCCUGAAGCGGCGGGAGAACUCCGCGUAGGUGAUGGUUGUGGCGUCUAUUCCCCUCCAUUCGGCGUUGGCCCACUCCAACGCCUUGCCGGAUAGACAGGAGAUGAGGGCGGAGACGCUCUCGUAUCCCGAGGGCGCCGGGUGUAUGGUGGCAAGGUAAAGUUCCACCUGCAGGAGGAAUCCCUGACACCCGGCUGCAGAACCGUCAUAUGCCCUCGGGAGCGAGAGCCGAAUGCCACUGGGUUCCGGUGCUGAGAGAGGAGGACUGGCCGUUGGUGAUGGGAUGUUGUAAGAGUGCGUGGGCACCUCUCGAUUCACCAAUCGGCGCAGAGUGUGGGACACCUCGUCCAUGGCGGUCCCGAGUUGCCGGAUCAUGUUGUCCUGGUAGUUGAUCCGGUCCUCCAGGGAUUCGGGUACCGCCGCUGUUCCUGCUGACUCCAUGAUGGUGUGUUGUUCUGUCACGUUACCGAUGUGGAUGUGGUGGAGGAGUCAGGCGCAGGACACUGAGGUAAAGUCCAACAGUAUAUUUAAUAGUCCAAAGAAACUGGAAAACCUCUGACCUCAAAAACACAAAGAGGCGAGGGAGAAUUACGCACACGCGUAAACACUAAACACAAAACAAACAGGGAGGAAAGACGUAGCUCCGACACUGUGGCAGUAAAAAUAACAACACACAAUAAUACUAACACAAAACAAGGAACUUAUAGGGCACGCAAUCAACACACAAAUGGCCACAGGUGAUACAGACAGACAAAAGCAAUCGACUGACGAAACAUAGAGCGGUGGCAGCUAGUACUCCGGGGACGGCGCUCGCCGAAGCCUGCCCGAACCAGGAGGAGGAGCAGUCUCGGCCGAAACCGUGACAGAUGUAGUGUUGAUGUAGUUUCCCAAUGGGGUGUAGUGUUGAUGUAAGUUGGAAUGUAGUGUUGAGGUAGUUCCUCCUUCCUCCAGAUAAAAUCAAUAGCACCAACCCUCGGGUGAUAGAGGACGCCAGGGCCAGACAGCUGUGUUCAGACGUGAGGCGCUGUACCUACUACGAGACCUGCGCUACCUACGGCCUCAACGUUAACCGCGUCUUCACCGAGGGUGAGGACACGCGCGCACACACACACACACACACACUGCUCCUUUUCAGUUAUUUCAGUACAAUGUUGCUGCUUAGCUGGGAAUUUGAAUGAAUCAACCAAUUCAAUUAAUUUCAAAUUCAUAUAUAAGCAGCAUCUAGAAAGAUGACUGUCUGACAAGAGUAAUGUUUGUAUUUGUCCUCUCUCUCUACCUAUCAUAGCUGCCCACAAGAUCAUGGCAGUGAAGAAGCAGGCAGCUCUACUGGCCUCCUGUAAAUCCCUGCCCAACUCUCCCAGUCACUCUGGAGGCUCUACCCCAGUGUCAGGAGUCUUUCCUGGACAGGUACAGCAGCAACUCUGGCCUCUAGUCCUCCAUACUGGAGAUGAGGCACUGGCCCAAAUCAAUAGGAUGUUAAUAAUGUUGGACUGGUAUUGUCCAGAUCAGUGCCCAAUCAGAUACUGUAUAAAGAUUUUGUUUCCAUAUUUUUUCAGAUAUUCAGACAUCAUUCUCUGUUAUCUCUCUCUCUCUCUUUUCAAAUGUUUACUGUCUGUCACUCUUUCUGUCUCUCUCUCUGUCUCUCUCUCUCUCUCUCAGGCCAGUAACGGUGGUCAGAGCAGUGACUACUCGUCCUCCCUGCCCUCCACCCCAGUGAUCAGUCAUAAGGAGAUCGGUGGGGCAGCAGGGGGGGAGAGGCUGGGCAGUGCCACCCCAGGGUCUGUCCGCAGCGCCCCCCGGCGACGCACCGGCUCCCGCUUCACGGUAACAUACUCUCCAACAUGUAUACACACGCAGGCGCCCACCCACACACACACUUUCACAUUUACUGACUUUAGUUUCCUCAUCGACCCAUCCAUAACCCUCUCAGGGGCCCUGUGCUUUCUUUGAAAUGUACUCUUUUUAGCUUUGUUCAUGGAUUAUAGUCCCUCUCCUGUGCCUUUUCCUUCACUCUCUGUCUGUAUUUUUCUCUCUCUCUCUCUCUCUCCCUCUGUUUUCUCCUGUUUAUUGUUGUCGUUUGUCCUGUGCCCUGUCUGCAGGGCCGAAGGGGCAGUGACUCAGAGAGGAGGAGUACAGACAGUAAGAUAGGAGACCUGGGCAGUGGACGCUCCAUCCCCAUUAAACAGGUGGGUGACAGUAUAUCCUGUAGGAGCUGUGUAGAGAGGAAAUCACAGCAGUCUUUAGGAGCUCACCACAGACAAUGAACUCACGUCAUGGAGCUAGGAGAGGGAUUCAACUUACCUUUGAGAAUUUCUAGGCUCCUGCUAGGCUCUUUUGGCAUAAGGGUGAUGAAAGAUAACAAAGAACAGAUAAAGAAUGUGUGUCUUAUCCUUGUCUCCUCUUCUCCAUCCCUCUCUCCCUCCACCAGAGUAUCCUACUGAAGCGCAGUGGCAACUCCCUCAACAAGGAAUGGAAGAAGAAAUAUGUCACGCUGUCCAACAACGGCAUGCUCUCCUAUCACUCAAGCGUCAAUGUGAGUCAAUGCACUGACACACAGUGCUACACUAUAGUCUAG